AGCAACACGAAUCAAUACCGUUCGCUGAAUGGCCGCCCACGUUUAUAACCCAAGACCAUUCAUCGAUUUCCUUCUCAUCGCACGCAGAGGCAGAGCAUACGCCAUAUUUUUAAAAAAAUAUAUUUACUACUCACCUAAACAAACGCUGGCCGUAAUUUAGGAACCUGUUUGUGACACAAAAGGUAAGCCAAGUCUCGUACCGGUGCAAUUGAAUUCAUGAUAGUGUGAUAGCAUCACGUGGUCUCAUGUAUCUCGCAACAGGCUUUUGUUUUUCAUUUCUUAUCUCUUAGAGAACAGAAGGGCCUGGAUUUUGUGAGAGUUGCAAACACAGGUUAGUACUAGUAGUAAAAACGCCAUCUUUAACUUGAUUAUUCAACUGAAAAUAUUUUAACAAUUUAAUGUCAGACGAUCGAUUAUCUUUGGCUGAAGUAACACCUUCCACGUAAAUACAGCUUUACGUGAACUACUUACAGUUAAGUUCAUUUUAACUUUAACUACAGUGGUAAGUGUGAAGUAACAGCAGGUAUAUCUGUAAAAAAAUAUUUAGAUUUGCAUCCAACAUAACUGAAAGUGAAAGAGACCGCAAAUAUCGUAGUUUGAAAAAAAAAAAUAAUUCUUGGAGUAAAUUAAGUGGUUUGUUCUAUUUUUUAAAUGGGCUUAUUCUAUACCGGAACGUCUGAUGGAACAGUUUGAGAAACACUGACCCAAUUUUAAAAAAAAAAUGAAUAAAGUGUGCUUUAAUACUUUAAAUGUUUCUGUCAGCAGAAGGUAAAAUGGCCUCAGUAGAAAUCUCGCGUCUUCUCCUACUGUCCCUGCUGUCCACUACAUAUGGUCUGCCUUACUUCGAUGAGGACUGGUCACCCCGGCAAAUCAGAGAAUAUUUCAUUCAGCGGGCAGCUGAGCAGGUACGUCAUCAGACUGCUUUGUUGACACAAUUAUCCCCACACAUGCCCCCCCCCCCUUCUUCGACGCCAGGUGAUCGAUACAACUACACAAGACUGCAAUCACUACAAAUAGGAAACAAAACCAUUAAUAUGCGACCAGCCUAAUUACUAGACCGGGGGAAGGUUAUCUCAUUUUUUUAAAAAUUGAUUACUGCCGUGGUUCAAACUUUCAUGGGUAAUUAUUGUAGGAGUUCGUUAACUGCAACCACAGAGAUAAAAGGAAAAGACGAUAAAUAGGCAUCUUCUGUACAUUUUUUUAAAUUGGUUUAGUUUUUACAAAAAUGGUUUGCUAGCAAGCGCGAUUUGGUAUCAAGCGGUUUGGUAGCAAGUGGCUUAGUAGCAGGUGCUUUGGUAGCAAUUGGUUUGGUAGCAGGUGGUUUGGUAGCAGGUGGUUUGGUAGCAGGCCGUUAGGUAGCAGGUGGUUAGGUAGCAGGUGGUUAGGUAGCAGGUGGUUUGGUAGCAGGCCGUUAGGUAGCAGGUGGUUAGGUAGCAGGUGGUUUGGUAGCAGGUGGCUUGGUAGCAGGGGGUUUGGCAGUGUGGUUUGGCAGUGUGGUUUGGCAGUGUGGUUUGGUAGCAGGUGGUUUGGCAGCAAGUGGGUUGGUAGCAGGUGGUUUGGUAGCAAGUGUGGUUUGGUAGCAGGUGGUUUGGUAGCAGGUGGUUUGGCAGCAGGUGGGUUGGUAGCAGGUGGUUUGGUAGCAAGAGUGGUUUGGUAGCAGGUGGUUUGGUAGCAGGUGAGGUGGUUUGGCAGCAAGUGGGUUGGUAGCAGGUGGUUUGGUUGCAAGUGUGGUUUGGUAGCAGGUGGUUUGGUAGCAGGUGGUUUGGCAGCAAGUGGGUUGGUAGCAGGUGGUUUGGUAGCAAGUGUGGUUUGGUAGCAGGUGGUUUGGUAGCAGGUGGUUUGGUAGCAGGUGGUUUGGUAGCAGGUGGUUUGGUAGCAGGUGGCUUAAUAGCAGGUGGUUUGGUAGCAGGUGUGUGUGCUAGCGAGUACGGUUUGGUGGCAAGUAGUUAAGUCGCAGCUGGUCUCACUUCUUUCUCUGGUGGCACUCCCAACUUAUAAACCACGUCGUGAAACACUUUGAACUCAUUGUUCUCUAACGCCGUGCUACAUUCAUGGUAUUGAACGCUGGGAUUGUCAAAACAUCUUUCUUACAUGGGCAUUCUAACAUCGUACGUUAAACAAACAAUGUUACUUCCUUUUCGAACCUCUGCUCCUAAACAUGAGAGCUGCAUCGCGUUUCCUCAUUUGAUUAGUUCAUUUAUCUUUCUCUGGAUCGUGUUUGAGAACUUUCAUUUAUUAAAAAUAAUAACAUUAAUAUUUAAAAAAAAAACAAAAAAACCAGUGUUUGUUGGACUCUUGAAUAACGUAUAUUUUGUGCGUAUACCAAUCAACUUUUACACUACAGUUUUCACUUUUGAGCAGGUUAUUUUGUUAUGGAUUUAAUUCUUAAAUUGUAUGCUUUACAGUAGACCUGUUGGUUAGCAAUGCUAGAUUAAUACGCUUCUAAACUAUUGAACUAUCCUAAUCCAGGAUCCUCCGCCUCAACUUUAAUUUGACAAAAAUACAAGUCUCACAAUUAAAGUGUAAGGUGAACGAGAGUCGCCUAUGUUUCAAUGUGUUCUGUAUGUGUGUUUGCCAUAAAUAAAAUACAAUUGUGGUGUGGCAGGUAGUUAGAAUGUAGCGUUGAACGUGUACGGGGCUGGCUCUGGGGCUGGCUCUGGGGGGCAGAAAUGAAUUGCCUAUAGCUAUUAAAAUCUCGUGCUGCCCCACUUAGGCCAGGCCUCGACUCGAUGUGGGCUUCAACCUCGAUGGUCAGGGCGUCGGCCAGGUGUCAGGUGUGGAUGUGGACUCUAACGGUGACCUCUAUGUGUUCCACAGAGCGGACAGACCGUGGACAGCAGAGUAAGCUUAUUACGCCAACAACAUUUAUUUAUGUGCAAGGUCGAACUGUGGCCUGUCUGUCUGUGACCAGUCUCUCUGUGACCAGUCUACCUGUGGCCUGUCUGCCUGUGUCCUCUCUGUUUGUGGCCUGUUAGUCUGGGACAUGUCUUUCUGUGUCCUGUCUGUUGGUCUCACAACGGUAUAUUACUCAAAUGAAUAUUCUUAGUGAAUAUUUUCACGUAAUUGUAACUUUAUUCAAUGACAUGCAAAGAAAGAGACCACAUAUAUUGUGAAUAUUGUGCUAAUUGAAUUCGGCAUAAUUAUGUCCAAACCGAGUUGAAGCAGUAUUUUUUUUAAAAAGUCAAUAGCUAUGGUUUGUGUUAAAUUGACUACAGCAGAAUAUGCCAUCUGUUCUGUUAUAUGCGGUGGUCAUUUAAAACUUUAUAUUUAUAUGUAUUGACUAAGAGAUGGAAAUUUUCAAAUAUUUGAUUUUGAUUAUUUUUUUACUUACUUUGGUAAUUAUAUUUUAAGUUUUGAAGGAAAUUAAAUUCCUCGAACUGUAAGCAAAUCUUUAUAUUUAUAUAUUUAGGGUUCAAACUAGAAAGUCGCUUCUGACUAAACAUUACCAAGAUACAACAUUUUUAAAAUGAUUUUAUUUUGUUUAAAGCCUUGUUGAUGCGUCUUUUCUUUUUUUUUUAGAACGUACGUCAUGUUUACUAACGUCCUGUCAGAAGACGCCAAAGUUCCCAUCAGCAGCGACGUCAUCUACAAAGUUGACCCGAAGACGGGCAAGCUCACUCACAGCUUCGGGAAAGACUUGUAAGAUAGAUAUCUGAUUGGUUCAUUUCUAGAACCCGGUGUAGCGUUACAGUAUAUGUUGUCAAGUAUUUCACCAUGACAAUAUCUCAAUAGCGUAUGUCCGUUUCUAGUAACCGGCAUAGAGUUAUAGCAUGAUGUUGUCAAGUAUUUCACCAUGAUAAUAUACCAUUGGCGUAUGUCCAUUUCUUGUACCCGGUAUAGAGUUAUGCCAAGAGGUGAUCAAUUAGUUCACCUUAUUUCAUCCUGUACUUAAUGUCGCGAGAAGAGCCAUAAACACAGUUUACAAAUCAACUUCCUUUAAGUCUGUAUACCCGGUAGCUAAACCGACUUAGGACUUAGGAUAGCAAUAAUUAUUUCCUUUGUGAAAACGUACCGAAAAAAAAAAAAAAGAAAAGCUACACCAUCAUGAUGGUUUACACGCGACUAUCUUGGUAGAAGCAUACAUUCAAACAAUUCUUUCAUUCUCUGAGAACACCGGAAUGUCAACAAGUUACGAAUCUAUUUGUUCAUACGAGAUAAUUUUUUUUUUUCUUGACAUAAGUCCAUAAGGUAGUGUUUGUCUAUUCACAGCUUCAACGUCCCCCAUGGACUUAAGAUCGAUCAGCAUGACAACAUCUGGGUCACUGAUGUAGGCAGACACCAGGUACAGUCAGCCCUGAUUAACAUUUAACACUAAGCAUGCGACCUGUCAAUUAUAAGAGAGGCGCUAGCUCACGAAAGCUUAUACACAUAUGAAACAAAGAAAUCAAUAAGAAAAUAAAUAAAUAGUGGAAGAAGAUAUGUUUGGAUAAAUAGUGGAACAAAAUGUGUUUAGGCUUGAAAAAUAAAGAGGCUAAGAGAGCUACAUUGUUAUCUGUGGAACACAGAUACCGGUUUUAUGUUAUUUCUUGUUUUGCAUUGUCUGAUGAUGAAGGCGUUUCGCCGAAACGUCCUUUUCAUUAUUCUGUCUUUUUUUUCAAGCUUAAAAAUAUCAUGUUUCACUAUUUAUCUACUUCACAUGGCUUAAAAUAAAUAAAUAAUCAAGACGGCCAUGAAGAUAUUGAAAUUAAAAGCCUCUUUACACAGUCAUCACUUUCAAAGAUAUACCAAGCUUUCAGAAUAUUAUUAAAUUAAAUAAAUUUAAAAAAAAAUAAUGUAUGGUUAAAAUAUCGUCAAGACUUUUAGAUACAAAAAUAACAUUUUAAUAGUAUCGCUUAACUUUGACCUUUUUAACAUUUUUUUUCUUCAAAUUUUUCAUUAAAAAAAAGAUAAUAGUUAAGAUGACAGACACAACACAGACACACACAUUCAGACCUUUCCAAGUUUUAAAACUCUAAUCAAUUCUAUUGAAAAACUCUAUUCAAAACUUAAAACUCUAUUUAAAUUUAAAACAAUAAUUUUCACAGGUGUUCAGGUUCCCUAAGGGCGCCACUAGACCUGACCUUGAACUUGGUGAGAAGUUUGUUCCAGGCAGCGAUGAGAAACACUUCUGCAAGCCCACAGAUGUCGCUGUUGCUAGCAACGGAGAUUUUUUCGUCUCAGACGGGUAAACUAGCCAAGUAUUCAUAAAGUAACAUCAAAACUGUUCAACUAAUCUAUUUUAAUUUCUCUUUCCGCGCUAGUUUUACUUUUAAAGCACGUAUAAUUAUUGAAUCAAUUUUCUUCUACCCUUCAUGUUCCCAGAUACUGUAACAACAGAAUCCUCAAGUUCUCAAGUAGUGGACAGAUCAUUGCCCUGUGGGGAGACCGAGAAGGAAGCUGUGAGUAACCAAUAGACAAAGUAUUUACAAAAAGAUUUACAGCCUUGAAUGGCCUUUACCCAGGUGAAGAUAUCCAACAGUGGGUAGAACCAAAGAGCGAACACGCGUGAUUUAAUGUUUUUUUCCUUAUGCCCCAAGAAGAUUUCAAUUAAUUGUAUAGCAGAGUAUAGCCACCCAAUACCAGAGUAUAGCCAUUCAAUACCAGAGUAUAACCAAUAAAUACCAGAGUAUAACCUUCCAAUACGAGAGUAUAGCCAUUCAAUACCAGAGUAUAGCCUUCUAGUACCAGAGUAUAGUCAUUCAAUACCAGAGUAUAACCUUCCAAUACGAGAGUAUAGCCAUUCAAUACAGGAGUAUAGCCUUCCAGUACCAGAGCAUAACCAUGAAAUACCAGAGUAUAACUAUCUUUUAAUUAUUCCAGAGCUUCAUAUAGCGUUGGACUGAAUAAAUUGAAUACGAACGGUAUUCAGGUCUUGUAUUUCUUUCAUACACCGGCGAAUAAUCUUUCCAUCCAACUCCCUCUUUUAGACACCCUGACUCCCUCCAGCCUGAACAUUCCUCACAGCAUCACACUCAUUGAGGAGUUGGACCUGGUGUGUGUGGCUGACAGGGAGAACAGCAGGUAGGUGUGGCUGACAGGGAGAACAGCAGGUAGGUGUGGCGGAACACUCCCACUCAGCUUUUUUAAAUGUACAUUAGUUUUUCAUAGAGCAAGUUGGGAUCACAACGAUACCCGUCCACAAUGCUUCUCCUCAACCUCCUACUCCACAUCCCCAUUGCGAGAUUUGACUCAUUAGGAGGUAAUCUUUUGUGAAAGAAUACCACUAGAUUCUUACAACUGCAACCCACUGACUGCCUGAAGUUUAACAUGUUUCAGUUCUGAAUUAACAAUCAAUAGGGGGCUAACAUUAAUCUGUGCAAUGUGUUCGAGCUAUAAAAAAGAUAUAAAUACCUCUUACAAUUCCCCUUGAAAGAAAAACCUUUAAAAAGAGUGGGGGGGGGGGGCGGCAAUGAAAAAUGAAAAAAACCAAAACAAUAGAAGAGCAAUCCGUAUUUUUAAUAGCGAAUAAAGUUGCCAAGUUUUAAGCAAAUGUAUCAAUGUCCUCAGAGCUUUGUGCUACAACGCCGGCCUCAACAACAAGACAUCCAUAGGAACCUUCAACCGCACACUGAUCCCACAAGGAGAUAUGGGGAAAGUCUAUGCUAUUUACUAUGACAAAGCUGGUAAUAUUCGUUUUUAAGAAAUCACUAUGCCAUUUACCACGACUAAUCCGAUAAUAUAAGUUGGAAGAAAUGACAAUGCUGUUCACUAGGAUAAAUCCGGUAAUGUUAGUUCAAGACUGAAAAGAUACGAAACUAUUAGAACUAAGUGUGCCGCCUCUAGAGCAGUGCUGUCCCACCCGUGAGCUGGUUUUAAAUGGCUCGCCACAGCUGGAGAUAUUUUUUUAUGAUGUGUGUAAAAAAAUAAAAAAUAAAAAAAUAACAAACUUUUAAGGUGAAAUAUGUUCAAACCACACUGAUUGAUUCACUAGUGUCGGGAAAUCACGUGACAGUACGCCCAGGAGAAGUUGUAAUGUGGGAAAUGGGGGAGGUCACAAAAGCCAAGGCGUGAUACGGUUUUACAGGUACCGGGUACCAGCCAUUCAUGUUACGCACAUCAACAGAGCAAACUUUUGGGAACCUGGAUGACAUAAAAUGGGGCUACCAUCUUCUCCUCCUUUCUGUUGCCCGUAGGGGGGGGGGGGGGGGGGGGGGGGGGGGGGGGGGGGGGUGGUGGUGGUUAGGAAGGGGGUGUCAGGUUUAAUUACUAACGGCGUUGGGAAAGAUGAAUAAGGAAACCGAAAGUAACUUGAUGUUAGCUAAUUGAUAAUUGUAAAAAAUGUCCACGCCCUCUCCAACGGGACCAAAUUAGAUGAAAUAGACAGGUGAGCAUAACAAGUAAACUGCUGCCAGGAAAGUCUUCGGGUCAGAGUAAUCGAGUUGGGAGUUUCGGUACUAAAGGUGUCACAAUAGAAUAGCUGUGGUGGGCAGUGUGCACCAUUUAUGGUACCAUGUUAUUUAAACAGACAGUCUAGCCAGGUACGGGACAGCGUGUGUCCAUCCAGUAUUGUUGGGACAAUGUGGACAAACUACCUGGUAUUCAGAGGUCAGAGCAUGAGACGCUCAGUGAGUAGAAAGCAGGAUUGUGUGAAACACUAGGAAGAAGUAUUUUUCAAAAUUUAAACGAACAUAAUAAUUCGUUGCCAAAUAAAUUCUGUAUGACGUACACUCCUUCUGAUGAAUUUCCACAACCAUGGUCUUGGAAGCGGCCUACAUCAGUGAGGCUGGACUCUAUUGAAUGACCAACAUCGAAGUCGCCCCCCCCAAAAAAAAAAAACAACAAAAAAAAAAACCCCUAAAUUUUCAAAAUUUAAACGAACAUAAUAAUUCGUUGCCAAAAAAAUUCUGUAUGACGUACACUCCUUCUGAUGAAUUUCCACAACCCUGGUCUUGGAAGCGGCCUACAUCAGUGAGGCUGGACUCUAUUGAAUGACCAACAUCGAAGUCCCCCCCCCCAAAAAAAAAAAACAACAAAAAAAAAAACCCCUAACACUUUAACUGGUGAACAUAUGUAAAAUCAUAUGGGGGGAGGGGGGAGAGGGUGCUAUUUAUUACAACAAGUACAAUUCAAUGCAAAAUAUAUCAUCAAAAAGCGCUACAGUUUUAUUUGCUUUAUUUGUUAUCUCGAUGAGCCGAUAAUGCUAUUGGGAAUGACACUCUUUAGGCAUAAGGCUAGAAGCCUAGAUUAAUGAGGGGACAAAAUAAAUUCUUUUGAGAUGUCAUCUGCGGUCCUCCGGUGGUCGGAAUUUUUGUCUCUUUCUCUUCGCCCAAGAAGUCGUAAAGGUUUGACAGCACAGCCUUCGAGAGAUUCUCAAUAUAUUAAUACUAGUUUAGGGAGCGACGUAAGGUAUGGAUCUCAAUUUAUGAUGAAGAAUUUCAUCAAUAAAUUCUACUGUUGUUUACAUAUGACCAAUAUCUGACAUUGAAACAAAGACGGAAGGAAAUAAGGGUUGAGUAAUGUUUGUUUGCAAGUGGUGCCCUGUCUCUUUAGCGUAUUACAUUGUGCAAUAAGGAUGACGAGUCUCGACAGUGAUUAGAACUCAUUUGAUGGAACAUAAUUCUUUUUUUUUGCGCGUCUUUUUUAUCUUUUGUUCAACGAUUUUGUUUACAAUAAGGAAACAUGUAUUAUUCUUACAAUAUAGUUUCAUUUAUACGUUUAACUUAAAAUUAUAAAAACGUAAAUGAAUAGAACAUUGGCAAGACAUGUAAGAGGAAAGAAGUGUGUCAUCGAUUUUUUAAAAUGAUAUUGUCCAUUUGCCACUGUUUUUUUGUUUGUUUUGUUUUUGUUUUUGGUACAGCUAUUUGGAAGAGAGAGAGAGAGAUACAGAGAGGGAGAGAGAGAUACAGAGAGGGAGAGAGAGAGGGAUAGAGAGAGAGCGGGAGAGAGAGACAGAAAGAAAGAGUCAGAGAGAGAGAGAUACAGAGAGAGAGUUACACAGAGGGAAAAAAAAGAGCUACAGAGAUAUAUAUAUAUAUAUACAUAUAUAAAGAAAGAGUCAGAGAGAGAGAUACAGAGAGAGAGAGAGAGAGAGAUACAGAGAGAGAGAGAGAGAGAAAGAGAGCGGAUGUCGGGUGUCAAAUAUUUGAUUUAAUAAACGUUUUAGAUUGGAUUUAAAAUAAAACGGUACUAGAGUCACUAAGUGUUAGACAAAUAAUACAAGAGAUUCUUCACAUUACAGACAAGGAGAUGGUAGCUGCCGGAUUACUGUCCGAGUACCCGCUGAGAUCUGGAGACGGCAGUGACAUCUACCCAGCAAGGGCGUUCACCUACAACCUGGAAGGCAAACAGCUCAUAUCCUGGGCCUUCAUCACGCCGGUAAAAUAGCACAAACUAACAGAAAUUCAGUGCCCUCUGGCACAAAUUUACUUUCCUUUAAAAGAAAGAGAGAAAAGAAUUGCUAAAGUUAAAGAUAUUAGUACACAUUCCACAAUGAACACAUUGAAAGGAUAGAGGAGCAGAACGUAUGUUUUUGUGUAAAUUAAUACCUUAAUACCAGUCAAACCAAUCGUAAAGCUUUUAAAUCACCAUAAUGAAAUUAUUUUAAAAUAAUACAAUCUCUGUGUAACACCUACAUUUUUUAAACUGAUUAUUUGCUUUGCUUGUCAUCGUCUGAUAUUGAAGAUUAUGUGAAAUCACCAAAUGUUCAAAUCAUGACUCAGUGACCGGUCGUUUGGCCUUUACACAUAAAAGAUAACACUAAUUCCAACGAUAUAGUUAAAUCAGCAUUGUGAUCGAUGUUCCAAAGGGGAGGUUACAGCAGGCAGUUGUUUAAACAUUGUGAUUUUCAUUGACCAGGAUGUCGCCAGGAAUGGACCCUCUUUGAUCCACGACCUCUGCGCGUCUAGAGACGGCCGAGACUUCUAUCUGGCAGACCUGGACCAGAAGACAGUUUACAAGUACACGAAAAAUUGGUCAACAGCUGUAACUCAGCAACAGUGAAUUGACGUGGAGUUGUGACGUGGGUGGGGGGAAAAAUCUAUUAAAGUUUAUUUAAAGCAUCGAUUCAAAGUUAUUACAUGAAAAGCCAUUUCUCGACAUCUGAUUUUUAUAGAAGCUUGAAUAUAAAUAAGUGAACUGAGUCAUUUGUACAUUAUUAUACGACACGAAACAAAAACAUUAUUUUUCUUUAUUUGAAAUAUUCUGAGACUUACAAACAUGAUAAUCAAUAAAUGAAGUAUAUUAUUGUGGUAGACGGUCUAUUUAAAGAUUAAGAAUAAUUUUUGUGUAUGUUGAGAAUUUGGUUUCUUUAUCAAUUAAAAAAAAGUUGAAUAAUUGUAAAUUUAAAAGUUUAAUUGGAUGUAUUAAAUGACCACACUACAGUGAUAAUCUGUUAGACAGUUUAUGACAGGGGGGAGGGGGGUCAGGUCAUGUGUGACGUCACACAUUUAUUUUUUUUUUACAAUUUUAUUUAUUAUUUAUUUUUUUAUUUUUGUAGUGGAAUUUAAUAGCUUUAAAAAUAAUUUUCAAAAAUUUUGUGAAACAUUUGAAAUAGUUUUAUGUCAAAAUAGCAUGAAAUGCGUAUCUCCUGAAUGUGUUGUUCAUGAUUCCUCUCGUUAGGAGCACUAGUAACUAUUCUACUAUUAAAGUCAGUUCCGAGAUUUGUGAAAGUUUGUGGCAGGAGGGGGGGGGUAAACAUUUUCAAAAAUAGCGUGACGUACUUUAUGGACAGCCCCUAAAUACUACUAGAAUCAAACUGACACAAUGAUUAUUUGUUUGUUUGAGUGUUGUUGUUUUGUUUUUUUUACAAGGGAUGAAAUGGUCGCACAGUUGAUUGAGUCAUACACAUUUGCUGUCACCAACAGCACUUACAUCAAUGAUGUGUGCACUCUUAACAUUAAACUAACUGUCAGUUCAGGGUCGACUUUUAGCCAAAUGUCUUAAGCCUUUAAUAAACAAAGAACAAGCAAUCAUUCACGAGUUUUGCGAUAGUUAAAAGAACAAGUUAAAGAGGGAAACAAUAUUGGCACUAACUAUAGAGCGAUUCUUAACAGAACAAAAUUAUGAAUAGUGCAAAAAUGUUGGGUUGCAAGGUUAUAAUUAUACGUAUUUCUUGUAUGCUUUUUUUUUCUAUUUAACUUAACAAAAGGGUCAGUUAUUUAAAAAUGUAUGAAGUUUCUCGUACUAUUUUCUUUACAAUGCACUACAUUUAGUCGUGGAAACUUCUUAUUGGAACAUCUUUGAAUUUUCUGAAGAAAUAAACACCAACCUGGCAACCCUUCACCUCGCGCUGGUAUCUGGUAUCUGGUAUCCAGCAGCCAUGUAAAGAAUGAACGAUCUGCUGUAAUCAUUGAACCAGCGCCAGGCAUUCAACGUGGUGUUGUAUUGUGCUGUGUCGUCUCGUCCUUACCCUCUGUGGUGAAUGGGUACCAUUAGCAUAUCACCAUGUUGUUAAGUGUGUCACGUGAUGGGUAACUCACCAAUACAGCCCCACAACACUUAUAAUUAUAAUGGACACGGUUUGGUCCGGUUUGGUCCGGUUCGGUCGAACCGGUUGUUAUAUUUUAACUGAUCUACCGAAAUGGUUGUUAAAAAGUGUCAAAUUAGGAUUUUUUAAACUACAAUAAUACAAAUACAUUGACAUUUUUUUCUAUAUCCGUAACCGACAAGCACCUAACCGGUUGUUGAUAAGUACCGAACCGAUAAUUUACAGGUACCGAACCGUUUAUUGACAAGAACCAAACUGGUUGUUAACAAGUCCCUAACCGAUUGUUGACAAGUAUCGAACCGGUUGUUGCUUGAGUCGCAGCACAGAGUCUGUAUGUGAGUCCCUCCCCAUUCCUCUGCCACAUAUGUAGGUGAUAUGUUUAUCCUGUUAUAUUAAACUAGAUUAGUAUUAUUCGUACUUAUCGUUAAAAUAUAAUUGGUGAAACUGUUAGGAUUUGUCAAGGAAAUAGAAAAACCAGACAUGUUGAAGGUUGAAUCAAAAGACAGGACAACAAGAUGUCAUCGUUUCGGCCUAGAGCCUGCUUCAGUGAACAGGACAAAUAGAAGUACGGCAAGAAACAGCUUGAAUGCAGUCCUUCAAUUAUUAUCUAUUUAUAAUUUGUAACACUGUUAUAAUUUAUAACACUGUUACAAUUUGUAACACUGUUAUAAUUUGUAAUACUGUUAUAAUUUAUAGUACUAUUAUAAUUUGUAAUACUGUGAUAAUUUGUAGUACUAUUAUAAUUUGUAAUACUGUUAUAAUUUGUAGUAAUGUUACAAUUUGUAAUACUGUUAUAAUUUGUAGUACUGUUACAAUUUGGUAUACUGGUAUAAUUUGUAAUACUGUUAUAAUUUGUAGUACUGUUAUAAUUACAUUACUUUAACAUUUGGCUUUUAAGACUUAUUUUUGAAGCUGGCCAUGAUUGGCAUAUAAGUUACUGAAACGAAAUUCUGUUUUAAAAAAUCAAGUAUUUUUUUAUGAUCUACAUUCUGUAAUUUAUGUUUUUGAUUAUUUGCUAAAACAAAAAUGUGAUUUUUGUGUGAUACUUUGUUGAAAAUGUUAUUAAAGAGUGUGGUAGUUUU